AUGAAUUUCAACAGAAUCCCGACGCGGCUGUCGACGCACUUUGUGUGCGACCCCUACAGCACGCUGAUGCACUACCGGCGGACUUUUAAGUUCCUUCAGGCGCUGAAAACGAAACCCAACUGCCGUGUGCUGUGUCUGGGGAACAAUAACCAGAUAAACAUCAACUGGCCUAAGCAUUUUGAAGGCCUAACCAUCGUGAACUCCGCAGUCUCCGCAAACUCCUCGAUUCUGUCGGCCGCCUCUGUUCACUACUCGCUCAUCCUCUGUCUGGAUCCGGUGCUUUUCGCGAAGCAUCUGCACCACAUUAACGUCCCCGUGCUGGGUGUAUGCACGCCGCGCGAGAUCCAUGAGCACCCCGAAAUCCUCAAAGUCAUCGACUACUUGCUGCCUUCGCCCUCGACCCGCACGGACGCCGCCCUGCGUCAACUGCUUGCCCGCGACUUCCUCGAUGACGACGGGGCUGGCGAAGCCGCACAAAAACAAAUUCAGGAGUGA